AUGGAUAAAAAUAUUAAAUACAUUUGCGAUACUUGCAAGAAGAAGUCCUCUAUAGAGAAAAGUCAAUUAAAUACGUAUUGUCGGCUUUUUUCGGAGGAAUUUUUAUACGUGUGUGGCAUAUGCUUGGAUCCCUUCAACUUUGGGUACGAGGUGAAAAAUACGCAACAUUUAAUCUUUUCAAGUGGUAAUUCAAGCCAGUUCUCAGCUCUUCGCCCGAGUGAAAAUAUAGAGGGCCGCAAAACUUCUGAAACUGAAAACACAAUCGGAGAAAGCAAUCCGAUGGAUCCAACUGAAAAACCGUACAAAUGUGACAUUUGCCUUCGAAGCUACAGGACUCAAUUCGAUCUUCGACUCCAUAAGAACGUACGCGAUGAGAAGAAUCCUUUUAGGUGCGAGGUGUGUGAUAAAUACUUUAGAUUUAAAUCAGUAUACCAGAUUCACUUAAAGAAACAUUCCAACAAAAAACUUUAUAAAUGCAGUUUCUGCCCUGCGGCAUUUAAAUUUAAAUGUAAUCUUCGUUCCCACAUGAACGUACAUGAUGACCAGAAUCCUUUCAGGUGUGAAUUGUGCAACAAGAGUUGUGCUAGUAAAAGAGAACUUGAAAGACACGUAGCCAGUCAUUCGAAUGAAAGAACUUUAAAGUGCCCUUUAUGUCCUUCGAUGUUUAAAACUAAAAAUAACCUUACUAAGCAUAUGAACAUACAUAAAGAUCAGAAUCCUUUCAGGUAUGAAUUGUGCAGUAAGAAUUUUACAUCUAAUUAUGCACUUGAACGUCACAUGACCAGUCAUUCGAAUGAAAGGCAUUACAAGUGUAGAGUUUGUUCUAAGAUGCAUAAAACUAAAAAGAGCCUUUAUAUGCAUAUGAAUGUACAUAAAGAGCAGAAUCCUUAUCGAUGCGAACAGUGUAAUAAGAACUGCAGUUCUAAAAAUAAUCUGAAAAUUAACAUGGCGUCACAUUCAGAAGCUAGGCCUUACAACUGUCACAUUUGCUCUUUGUCCUAUAAAACAGAAUUUAAUCUUAUUCGUCACAUGAAGAUGAAGCAUCAACAGGAUAAUUUGAAAUGA